CGAGAGAGGCAGAGCAGGGGGAGAGAGAGUUGCGGGACAUCUCUGAGGGAUUCAACGGAGCUAGACGGUGAUUUUCAACAUUCAGACAAACCAGUGUGUUAGGACGCCCCCCACUCAUUGACACUGGGUAGCCCAUGCACGUGCAUGACACCAUGGGUAGCUCCCCCGAGGUGCUCUCAUGGACUUCCUGCCCCAGUCUGCUGGUGGGCAAGCUGAAGGAGGAGCUCAAACUCACCGUGGUUGGGGACACCAUGAAGAAAUCAAACUUGCCCAACUCCCAACCUCAGCCUACUCAGGCCCCUCCGUCCAAUUUACCACCUCAGAUUAUCACAGACCUGGCUCCGCUGACACAACUACCCGUUCCCCUGCAGACGCUGCAGACGCCCGGCCAGGACGAAGACUCAAUGCUGGGGGGUAUAACUCCCCCAAACACAGCCUUAAGUGUGGACUCAACAAGGAGCGAGGGUGGGCACUUUGACAACAGCGUGCUCCAGCUGCAGGAGCAGGACCAUGAGGAAGCCGGAUCACCCGCCUCUUGUGAGCACGGUGGGUGUGGCAGUGGUAUGGAGGAGCAGAUGGGAGAAGGGGACUGCCCCAUGCACCACAAUGUAGAGGAGAGGCAGAGCCACCCCCAUCACCCUGAUGACAUCAAGCUGCACUUCCACAGAGCGGGGCCUGGGUCGGGUGGGUUCUUAGAAGGGCUGUUUGGCUGUCUUCGGCCUGUCUGGAAUAUCAUAGGGAAGACAUACUCGACAGAAUACAAGCUACAACAGCAAGACAUGUGGGAGGUUCCAUUUGAGGAGAUUUCGGAGUUGCAGUGGCUGGGCAGCGGUGCUCAGGGAGCUGUCUUCUUGGGCAAGUUCCGCUCUGAGGAGGUGGCCAUCAAGAAGGUGCGUGAGCAGAAGGAGACAGACAUUAAACAUCUGCGAAAACUCAAGCAUCCAAAUAUCAUCAGCUUCAAAGGUGUGUGCACCCAGGCGCCUUGUUACUGCAUCAUCAUGGAGUACUGUGCCCAGGGCCAGCUGUAUGAGGUGCUGAGGGCGGGGAGGAAAGUGACCCCCAGGAUGCUGGUGGACUGGGCCUCAGGCAUCGCCAGUGGCAUGAACUACCUACACCUGCACAAGAUCAUCCACAGAGAUCUCAAGUCUCCCAAUGUUUUGGUGACCCACAACGACACUGUGAAAAUCUCAGACUUUGGAACGUCCAAAGAGCUCAGUGACAAAAGUACAAAGAUGUCAUUUGCAGGUACGGUGGCCUGGAUGGCCCCAGAAGUGAUAAGAAAUGAGCCUGUGUCUGAGAAGGUAGACAUCUGGUCAUUUGGAGUUGUGUUGUGGGAACUUCUGACCGGAGAGAUUCCCUACAAAGACGUGGACUCCUCGGCCAUCAUUUGGGGUGUUGGCAGCAACAGUCUUCACCUUCCUGUCCCCUCCACCUGCCCGGACGGCUUCAAAAUACUCAUGAAACAAACAUGGCAAAGCAAGCCCAGGAAUAGGCCUUCGUUUCGUCAGAUCCUCCUACACCUCGACAUUGCCUCUGCUGAUGUCCUGGGAGCUCCUCAGGAGACCUACUUCAAGUCUCAGGCAGAAUGGAGGGAGGAAGUGAAGAAACAUUUUGAGAAGAUCAAAAGUGAAGGCACCUGUAUCCACAGGCUGGACGAGGAGCUGAUCCGACGCAGGCGGGAUGAACUCAGACAUGCACUGGACAUCCGGGAGCACUAUGAGAGGAAGCUGGAGAGAGCCAACAACCUCUACAUGGAACUCAGUGCCAUCAUGCUGCAGCUGGAGGUCCGAGAAAAGGAACUAAUGAAGAGAGAGCAGGCAGUGGAGAAGAAAUAUCCCGGGACCUAUAAGCGCCACCUGGUCAGACCCAUCGUCAGGUCCAACGCUGUAGAGAAGCUCAUCAAGAAGAAAGGAAGCAUGUCCCACAAACCUGGGAUGCCCCCCACUAAAAGGCCAGACUUGCUUCGUUCUGAUGGCAUCCCCAGCCUCGACCCUCUCCCCUCCCCCUCGCCUCUAUCAGCCAGCCCAAAGGUCUCCACGCCUCCUGGCAAAGCCCGCUACCGAAGCAAGCCUCGUCACCGCCGGGCCAACAGUAAAGGAAGCCAUAGCGAGUUCCCCGGGGUGCUGAAGCCUCUUGCUGGGGCAUUAGAGGACACCCAGUCUCUCCAGGAGCAGCCGUUCCUCCAUCACCACCACCACCAUCCACCAACCGAGGGGCCCUUCCUGCCCUUGAAGGGCCGCGAGGAGGCCGUUGUCAACUGUGCCAACAACCUGCGCUACUUCGGCCCCGCUGCUCCCCUCCGUAGCCCUCAGACAGACCACAUGCAGCGCCGCGUUUCUGGCUCCAGCCCUGACAUCAUAUCCACUGCUGUGGAUGCAGACACGCGACAGCGGACUACAUCCACCAGCUCCAAUCCUGUCCCAGGUGCUGGUGCUGGUUCUUUGUGUCCCUGCUGCCAGGCUCACCCCUUCCCUGGCUGCCUACACUGUCAGGAGACCCCUCCUGCAUUAAGCCACCCAGAGUUGCCCCACUACUCCUGGGCUCCCAGCAAAGAUCCAGCCUCAGACAGAGAGGCCACAAAGAAGGCUCAGCCACAGGAACAAGAGGCAUCCCAACGGACUCACACCCUGCUCACUGCACUGCCUCGUACUCUCAGACCUCUCAGGAAGGGUGGCGAUGAGUCCUCUGAAGAGGAAGAGGGCGAGGUUGAUAGUGAAGUGGAGUUUCCAAGGAGACAGAGACCUCAUCGCUGUAUGAGCAGCUUCCAGUCCUACUCCACCUUCAGCUCAGAGAACCUGUCGGUAUCUGACGGAGAGGAGGGAAACACCAGCGACCACUCCCACAGCGGGCCCCUGGAGAGGAUGAGUACCAGUCAGGAGGAACACCUGGAUGAGCUGCUGUCGCACACACCAGAAAUCCCCAUCGACAUCUCCACCCAGUCAGACGGCCUCUCUGACAAGGAGUGCGCCGUCCGCAGGGUAAAGACCCAGAUCUCACUGGGAAAACUGUGCUCCGACGAACACAGCUACGAGAAUCCACUACAGUUUAGGGAUUCAGACUGUGAUACGUCAGAAGCAGAGUGCUCCGAUGCCACCAUUAGAAACCACAAAAUCGGGGCUCCUUCCUCGUGGUGAAACCCACCCCGAGGCUUGGUUCUGUUCUUGCCUGGAGGCCAUCGUGUCCCACUCUGCCCUGCAGAAAAUACAGCAAUAAGAGGACAACAUUGUAAACAAAGCUCCCUAUAGCCAAGCCCCAUGCAAUCUCUCCCAGAACCUCUGCCAGAACUACCCUUCCCUUCAUAAACCCCCAUUCCCCCCCAUCUCUAGCACAGCAUUCAGGCAACCCAUGGCAGGGAUUCCCUUUUGAAUGAUAAUGUACAGUAGAUAAUGUAACAUUUAUAAUUUAUUUUUGUCUGAGUAUUGAAGGAAAAUUCAGGACAUCUGUAAAUUCUCUGAUCUGAACAGAGAAAAACUGACUAUUUGAAACUGAGCAUGGGCUAAGUGUGUGUUGUUGAUGAUGAUGAUGAUGAUGAGAAGGAGGAUGUGUUGAAGUGCUGAUGUAUCAGAGGCUGACAACUAGCAGUGUGAAGCUACAUCACUGCAAUUGUUGGUCUCUCAGGUGACUGACGCAGACAAGGAGUGUCACUACAAGCCUUUUGAUCUGGCUAUCAUUGCUCUCAGCAUCUCACUGUUUUAGACCCAAAUCCCCAACCCCCUCUUACUAAACCUGCUUUAUCAUGAGGUGACCGUGCAGAGCCCCAGUACCCCCCGACCCACUUCCAUCCCGUCCCCACCGUGGUGAGUUGGGGAACAGGGAGCUCUUGAAAGCAGUGUGAACACCAGCAUGAACAGCCUCCCUCCCUUAGACGCCACCACGUGUCUGUGUCUCUGAACUUUUCCAAGCAUGCUUGUGUAGCUCGCAAAAUGCAAACGCUGCCAGAAGACUGCAUGACGUAGACAAGCUAGCAGAGCAACAGAGCUGAAGACUCAGCUGACAGCUAAGGAGAAGAUUAAAAAAAAGAGACUUCCUCUGUGACCCAGCUCAUCCUUCUCCGAGACACGUCAUCAUCAAUCAG